UUUUAUAACCAUUUACUAAAAAUCAUGUCGCAAAUACAAACGCACCAUCGCAGUAGUAUAAGCCAACAUUCGCGAUCCGUGUGUCAAUUUCUGAACGAUACAGACGAAUUGUCCGAUUCAGAACUUGUGAAACUAGUAAACGAUCUAAAACAACAGAUACGAGUACUAAAUUUGGAAAACGAGAUCUUCGAACGAACUAUUAUGAGGCUAGAACCAGCUUUAAUGCAUGGAAUACAACAGGCUUUGGAAUUUGCUGCGAAAAUGCAAAGUGGAUCCUCUCUAAACGUAAGCAGUUUCAUCAAAUCGUCUUCUAAAUUAGGUAUGGAAUCAGUAACUAGCCCAUCUAGAAUGUUAACAAGCCCUUCCAAAGUUUCCGCGCGACGCGUGGAAUCUUCCGCCAAAUUUAGCGGAACAGUUAUCUUUGGAAGCGGCCCGAGAAUAAACGUCCUUGAGCGACACGAAUUAGUCGGUGUUGAAAUGGAGAUUCUAGUCAAUAAUUUGGAAAAAGCUAGGAACAGAGCGGAUAAACAGCAUGCGCUAUUAAAAGCACAGUUGGAAGAAAUAGGCAUUCGCGAAGUAGAAAUUAAAAAAGCAAGUGAAAUGUUCGAACAGGAAGUAAUAGUUGAGGGUUGGGAUAAAAUAGCUCAAAGGAUCCCCGCUGAAAUAUGGAUCAGAUUCAUGACAGAAUGGGUUAAAAUAGUCGACGGACAGAUUGGCAAAUUGCGUUUACGUACUAGCACACUUAACACACAGUAUAGCAAACUGAAGGGACAGAUAAAAAUAAAAGCUGAAUUGAGCGAAAGCCUCCGUCCAGUUGACUUUGAUAAACUCAAAAUAGAGAACGACGAAUGCGAAGACAUUAUAGACAUGAAGUUACAACAACUGGCUGAAUUAAAGAAAAUGACGGGCGACGCGAAUUUAAACCUAACAGUGCACAAGAAAUCAAUGAUGGAGCAAAAUAGUUAUUUGACGAACGUACUAAAAACGAUUAAAUUAAAGCAGAAACAGACGAAAGAACUAGACAAGGAAAGAGAUGUUAUUCAAGUACAAGCGGAUAGUUUGGCUCAAAGACUGGACGAUGUUAAGAAAGUCAGACUCGCUUAUGAGGUACCAGAUAUUAUGGACUAUGUAAAUAUUAAGUCUGAAGUCACUGAUUUGAAACAUAGUAUAAAAUUAUUGGAAAACAGAGUGCAUAUACAACAGAUUGCGUUAACGUCUUUGACUAGGAAAUUGAAUAUGAUGUUUAUGAGUUAA